AAAUUAUUAAUGUUUUAAAGAGAAGGAAAUACAUACACCAACGGAGAAUAUACCAUUUAUGAAUAAAAAUAAAUAGGUAGGGGAGCUUAUGGUAUAGUUUUUGAAUGUACAAAAAAAAAUCGGAAUGAUAAUUUAUGUGCUAAAGUAUUUAAAACUUUUAAAUGAAGAUUAUUAAAUCGAUGACCAGUAAUUCUGAAUAUUUGAACAGAGAAAGCCAUAUUAUAAAUACUUUACGUGAGGCUUGUCCUGAUAAUCCAAAUUUGAUUAAAGUAUACUAUUGUUAGUAUCAAAAAUUUGAAAAUAAUGAUGUUUUGAUAAUAAUUAUGGAAAAAUGUAGUUCUAAUUUAAAAGAUGACUUAUCUUAAAAAUAAAAAUACACUUCUGAUGAAGUCUUAAAUAUAUUAAAAUAAUUGUUAAACGGAUAUAAACCCUUAUAUGAAAAAUCAAUACUUCAUAGAGACAUUAAACCUGAAAACAUCUUAAUAUCUUAUGAUAAUUCAGGUAAACCUAUUUAUAAAUUGGGCGAUUUUGGAGUAGGUAAGAUUAAUUCAUCUAAUGACACCACUAUUACAAAAGUAGGAACACCAGUUUAUGCAGCUCCAGAACUUAAUUGUCUUUUAAAUGACACCAGUUUAGAUCAAGCGAUAAAGGAUUUAAAGCUGAUUUAAAAUGGAAAAAGCCAAGUUGAUGUUUAUUCGGUAUCAAGUUUGUUAAUUUUAGAUUGGAAUUAUGCUUUAUUAAUUUCUUUUCGGUGAACCUCCCUUUUAAACAUAGUACCCGGAUCAAGUCAAAAUAUUUUUUUAGAAUCUAAAACACACUCCAUUCAAAAUAAAAGAACCAAUUAAAGACAUCAACUCUGAUCUUUUAACGUUGAUUGAAAAAAUGAUUGUCUACAAUCCUAAAGACAGAAUUAAAUUUUCUGAAAUUUAUUCACACAAACUAAUUAGUAUCUAAACUUUAUAGCCAAUAAAAUUCGAUAAAAGAGCAACAAUUCCAAACCCAUUUCAAAAUUAAAAUUAAAAUCAAAAUACAUUUUCAAAUUAAAUUCCAUUUUAAAAUCAAAAUGGAUUUCCAAAUUAAAUUCCAGUUUAAAAUCAAAAUACAUUUUCAAAUUAAAUUCCAUUUUAAAAUCAAAAUGGAUUUCCAAAUUAAAUUCCAGUUUAAAAUCAAAAUGGAUUUCCAAAUCAAAAUGGAUUUCCAAUUCAAAACCAAAAUUUGAGAGCCACAAAUCCAAAUCCUCCUUAAACCCAAUUUAAAAAUCCAGCUCCUCGAAUGGGCACUUUAAAUUCACCACCUAUAGAUAAUAAGUAAAAUUAAUAAAUCAAUUUUUAACCUGCAUAAAUUUAAUUUUAACCUUAAGUAGGAUAAGCAUCAUUUACACCUUAAUUAAUAUAAUCAUAAUUUCAACCUUUAAAAUCAUAAACAUAAGGUUAAAAUCAAUAAAAUAACCAGUAAAUUCAAAUAGAUGAACUGUAAGAUACAACCUUAUAUUUGUAAACUUAAUUGUAAUAAAAUAAAUAUAUCUUAGAUCUGAAAAUUACUUUUUCUAUAGCAAAUAAACAAUACGAUUAUUCAAAUAGGCUUUUGAUUCAGUAUAAAAAUGUGAUCAAAGUUAAAUUAAUAUUUACACAGAGAAAUUGAUGGAAUGUUAUAAAUUUUAAGAUAAAAAUGCUUAUUCGUUAGGAUUUCUCAAAUUUUAUUAUUGUCUUAUCAAUAAAAAAAAUAAAUUGAAUAUUUAAAAGCAGUUUAAUAAUGAACAAGAGUUAAUAUAAGCAAUUAACAAUAUAUUGAUAUAAUAUCCUCAAAAAAGUUGA